AUGUCUUACAACGGCUACGAAAACUUCCCUCAGCAGGAUCCCGCCGCUGCUGGCGCCCCGGCUCCCGUUGACACCAACAUGACCGGCCAGGCCGAUCCCUCCGCCGCUCAGUUCCAGGGCCCCCCUCCUGGUGAGCCCAACUCCGCUUCUGUCCCCCAGCAGGGUGCCGAUGGCAAGACCACCCUCUGGAUGGGUGAGCUCGAGCCCUGGAUCGACGAGAAUUUCAUCCGCAACCUUUGGUUCCAGAUGGGUGAGCAGGUCAACGUCAAGAUGAUCCGUGACAAGUUCUCUGGGAGCAAUGCCGGAUACUGUUUCGUCGACUUCGCUUCCCCUGCCGCCGCUGCUAAGGCCCUUUCCCUGAACGGAACUCCCAUGCCUAACACCAACCGCGUCUUCAAGCUCAACUGGGCGACCGGUGGCGGCCUUGCUGAUCGCAGCCGUGAUGACCGUGGCCCCGAGUACUCUAUCUUCGUUGGUGACCUCGGCCCCGAGGUGAACGAAUACGUCCUCGUCUCCCUCUUCCAGAGCCGCUUCCCCUCUUGCAAGUCUGCCAAGAUCAUGACCGACCCUAUCAGCGGCAUGUCCCGCGGUUACGGCUUCGUUCGCUUCUCCGAUGAGAACGACCAGCAGCGUGCUCUUACCGAGAUGCAGGGUGUCUACUGUGGCAACCGCCCCAUGCGUAUCUCCACCGCUACCCCCAAGAACAAGGGUCCUGGUGUUGGUGGUAACGGCGGUGCUGCCAUGGGUAUGCCCGGUCCCGCUGGCAUGUACCCUCCCAUGGGUGGCCCUCCCAUGCCCUUCUACGGUGCUCCCCAGCCCAUGAACCAGUUCACAGACCCCAACAACACCACCGUCUUCGUCGGUGGUCUGUCCGGCUACGUCACCGAGGAUGAGCUCCGUUCUUUCUUCCAGGGCUUCGGAGAAAUCACCUACGUCAAGAUCCCCCCGGAAAGGGGCUACCCCAUCGGCAACUCCCGCGUGCGUCUGAGCUGGGGCCGCUCCCAGAACAACUCCGGCCCCGCCGGCAGCCCCUACCGCCCUGCUCCCCCGCCGCCUCCCAUGUACCCCUCCAUGGGCAUGCCCCCAACCCACCAGUAUGGCGGGUUUGCCCCCAUGAAGGUGAGCGAUCACCCUGGCAGCCCGAUCCCGGAUCAAAUGUGA